AUGCCAUCCAUUAACAAAUCUUUCGUCACCAACUUUACCACCCUCAACAUCAGCAACCCCUCCGUGAGUGUCCCUUUCUACGAGAAGCACUUCAACUGCAAGCUACUAAAGACGGAGGAGCUUCCCCAGAAGCACCAAGUCAUUUACUACUUGGGAAUUGAUGAUGUCAACCAUCCCGAAUACAACAAGCCCGUUUUCAAGAGAACCGGGGUUUUGGCCCUGGUGCACGAUAAGACUAUCAAAGCGGUGGUGAACGGCAAUGCUGAUCCCUACAGAGGUUUCGGCCAUAUUUGUUUCUCUGUUGAUGAUUUGUUCAAUUUCUGCAAAUAUCUGGAGAGUGAUCCUUCAAUCCAGUUCAAGAAAAAGCUCACAGACGGAAGGCAGAAGAACAUUGCGUUCGUUCUGGACCCCGAUCAGUAUUGGAUCGAGUUGAUUGAGAACGCAAUUGAUAAGGAAGUUGCCUCGGCAACCGAUCUUGGAUUUAGGCUCUCUAGUCUGAGACUAAACCAUGAGAUGAUCAGAGUGAAGGACCCAGUCAAAUCGAUCAAGUUUUAUAGCGAAACCCUUGGUAUGAAGCUCUUCUCUCACAGGGCUUUUGAGGAUGCCAAAUUCACGCUGUACUUUUUGGGCUACGAGCACGAUGACAAGUAUGUUCAGGACUCAGAAGACAAGGUGUUCCAGGCUGGAAGAGAGUCAAUUCUGGAGUUGACUCAUAACUGGGGAACUGAAAACGACGACUCCUUCGAGGGCUAUUUCGUUGGAGACUCCGAGACUCAGGGCUACGCCAACAUCACCGUUUCGUGUGACGAUGUUUCCAAAUAUGUCGAUGAACUUAAGAAAGAAGGCAAAAGUGUUGAUUUUGACGGAAAGGUGGCUCAAUUGGUUGAUCCAGAUGGAUACAAAGUGCAAGUUUGGUCUGGAAAGUUGUAA